AGACCCAGGCUCAAUCGGACCGACCGUCACCAUUUCCCCCACACGCCAAAGGUCGAACCCGCAUCCGCACCCACCCGCACAAAAGCAAAAUCCCGAAACCCAAAAGCAAUAAAUAAGAGUGCCAAGCAAAUUAACGCAUGCCCUCUCUUUUCAUUUCUCACUCCUUUAUAACCAUCUCCCCCCUCCUCCCUCCGUUUCUCUCUCUCUCUCUCUCUCUCGCACUCCCUCCCUUUCUAAAACAACAAAUAAGCGACACCUCACCAACUCCGUUCCGUUCAUCUCCCUCCCCCCGUUCCUCUCUUAUUCUUUCGAUCUUUUCUCUCAACUGCUCUGAAUUCAUCAAAUCGACGGUUUGCUGUUAUAAUUCACCGAAUCGUACGGUGAAAAGAGAGUGAGAGAGAGGGAGAGAAAGAGAGAGAGAAUAUUUACGGAUUUGAUCCGGUGAGAUGGCAUCCGUGGCAACGAAUCCAGUGACGAACACAAAUUCUGAUCGCAGCAAAAGGAAAAAGAAGAAGAAAUCAAUGAUCAAAGAGAAUCAACAGAGCCAAAACCAGAACCAUGCCAGAUGGAAAUCAGAGGCGCAGCAGCAAAUCUAUUCCUCGAAGCUUCUUCAAGCCCUGAGUCAGGUCAGUCUCAACAGUCCUUCUCCUUCGGCUCCGCGCGGUGGCCGAGCUGUCCGUGAAGCUGCUGACAGAGCCUUGGCCGUAGCUGCUAAAGGGAGAACCAGGUGGAGCCGGGCCAUUUUGACGAACCGGCUUAAGCUGAAAUUCAGAAAGCAGAAGAGACAGAGAGGAUCCGCAGCUGCGGUGGCUGCCGUCACCGGGAGUAUCCGGUCGAAGAAACCGAGAGUUAGCGUUUUGAAAUUGAAAUCCAAAAGUUUACCGGCUGUUCAAAGGAAAGUCAAGGUUCUUGGCCGGUUGGUUCCCGGUUGCAGGAAGCAACCGCUACCGGUUAUUCUUGAAGAAGCAACUGAUUACAUAGCGGCGCUUGAGAUGCAGGUUCGAGCCAUGAGCGCUCUCGCCCAACUGCUAUCUGGCCCCGGAGCCUCCAGCUCUAGCUCAGCUCCUCCGCCUCAGUCCCCGCCGCCGCUGCCGCCGACUAGCCAGUGACACUUUUUAACUCGCUUAAACGCCAAGUGUCCUCCUUUUUUUCCCCUAUUUUUCUUUUAUUUUUAAUUUUUAUUAUCUCUCCUGCCCUUCCCUCUCAUCUCUCUAAGUAAUCUUCUCCUGUUAAAUACAUGUCUUAUUUCUUUUCCUUCUCAAGUAAUUUUCAUCUCACAAUUUCAUUUCAUUCCAUAGCUUUUGAAUCCAUCUCUUUUCAAGAAAAACAAAAAAAGCCGGCAUUUUUCCCUUAUUAUGUACACUACUAUUCCUCUGGAAAUAUAUUGCAAUAAGAAGAAGAUGUAAAUGCUUGAUUCUGUAUAAUUAUUGUCCAUUGAUUUCAGGCUUAAAAUCAGAGGUUUUAUUUAUUUAAUUUAAUUUUCUUUUUUUUCCUUUAUUUUUUCUUUUUUUUGGGUUGGAUAAGGUGAAGAAGAAGGGUCCAAAUUAGGGUAGGUGACAAAUGCACUUGAUGCCUGAUGGGGCUAGAGCUUUUAGCUAAUAGCUACUACUCCUCUACAGUAUCUUGGGCUGAUAUCCGAGGUGUAGUGUUUUCCCUUCUAUUUUUAAUGCUGAUUUGAUA